GUUUGCCGGAAGCUGCACAUUAAACAUCCACACCAGAGCUUGGUGAAGAAGGUCUGCUGUUCUGUUAUGGCACAGCUGUUUUUUUUAAACGUUUAAUGACUACAGGGAGCAAAAUAACAGAGACAUGUCGGACAGGAACGGACAAAAAGUGUGUACAGCUUCACUCUUCGCUCUCGUCCUUGUUGUUGUUGUCUCGUCUGUCAGCUGUCGCGUUGUGGAGGCGCCUCGGAUCAGAGCAGCAGAGGAACCGGAGACCUAUAACACUUACUAUAAUUAUGUAGAGCUCACCCGGCGUCUGGGAGCUCUGGCUCAGAGAUAUCCACACAUCGCCAAUUUAAGCAGCAUCGGACGCUCGGUUGAAGGAAGGGAGUUGUGGGUGAUGCGGAUCACCACCGAGCCUCUAAAAGACGUGCCGGUGAAACCCAGAUUUAAAUACGUUGGCAACAUGCACGGGGACGAGACGGUGUCACGUCAGGUGUUGAUCUAUCUGAUCGAGUAUCUUCUGGAGCGCUACGGAGACGACCAGCGGGUCACGGAGCUCGUCAACAACACGGAUAUUUAUAUCAUGCCGAGCAUGAACCCAGACGGCUUUGAGAGGUCGGUGGAGGGGGACUGUGUUGGCGACGCAGGGGGCAGAAAUAACGCAAAGAACCUCGACCUGAACAGGAAAUUUCCGGAUCAGUUCAUAGAGAUAAACGUGAACGAAGCUGAUAUCCCAGAAAACACGGCCAUGAUGAAGUGGAUUCUUAACAACAAGUUUGUCUUGUCUGGAAAUUUGCAUGGAGGAACCGUAGUGGCCAGUUACCCAUUUGAUGACUCAGCCUGGCACACCCUCACUGGUGUCUACAGCAGCUCACCUGACGAUGCACUCUUCCGCUACCUAGCACAUGUUUAUGCCAAGAAUCACCCCAUCAUGAAGACAGGGGAGCCCAAGUGUGAUGGAGAACCUGAUGAGACAUUCAAGGACGGCAUCACUAAUGGUGCGCAGUGGUACGACGUCCCAGGAGGAAUGCAGGACUACAAUUAUUUAAAAGGGAACUGCUUGGAAAUCACCAUGGAGCUGAGUUGCUGCAAGUAUCCGCUUGCUUCAGAGUUACCAAAAGAGUGGGAGAACAACCGAGAGUCUCUGCUGGCUUAUAUGGAGCAGGUUCACAUCGGUGUGCGAGGUUUUGUCCGAGAAGCCGGAACCGGUGCUCCUAUUUCUGAUGCAGUGAUUUUUGUAGUAGGAAUUAACCACACCAUAACCACUGGUCACUUUGGUGACUAUUACAGACUGCUGCUGCCAGGAACCUACAGUAUCACAGCUGUGUCCUCUGGUUUUGUGCCAAUGACUGUGCCUGGCGUUCAAGUAACCGAGGGCAAAGCUACAGAACUCAACUUCACACUAGCACCUCUAAGUAAGGAGAGUGUCACCCACACAACUGUAACCAUUACUACACCCUCUACUGUAGCUGUAACCAACAGCAGCCACAUCCGUACCGGCUCCAGCAUGCCCAGUGAUGGUACAGGGGUUACAGACGUGUCUUUAAGCAGCUCUGCCCCAACACCACAGCCGCAGCAGCCUCAGGAGUUUCGUCAUCACCAUAACAGUGACAUGGAGCUCUUCAUGCAGAGAUUCAGCACCAAAUACCCCUCCAUCACACGUCUCUACUCCAUCGGCAAAUCCGCUCAGGGCCGUUUGCUUUGGGUCAUGGAGAUCUCCGAUAACCCAGGAAAACACGAAGAAGGUGAACCAGAGUUUAAGUAUAUUGCUAACAUGCAUGGCAACGAGGUGGUGGGACGAGAGCUGCUUCUAAAUCUGAUCGAGUAUCUGUGCCGUAACUAUGGCAGCGACCCUGAGGUCACGCAGCUUGUCAACAACACUCGCAUACAUAUCAUGCCCUCCAUGAACCCAGAUGGCUAUGAAAUUGCACAAGAGGGAGAUGUCAAUGGCUACCAAGGGCGUAAUAACAGCAACAACUAUGACCUAAAUCGCAAUUUUCCUGACCAGUUCCAAACCACUAUUGAACCCAGACAGCCAGAGACUAUAGCAGUGAUGAACUGGGCUAAAAGCUACCCAUUUGUGCUGUCGGCUAACCUGCACGGAGGCUCUCUUGUGGUAAAUUAUCCUUAUGACGAUGAUCCGGAGGGUGUCAGUAGAUAUAGCAGGUCUCCGGACGAUGGUGUGUUUAAAAUGGUCGCUCUUGCUUACUCGCAGGAAAAUCCGCUUAUGUAUAAAGGACACCCUUGUAAAGAUGUAAAAGAAUACCCUGAUGAGUACUUUAAGGAUGGUAUUACUAAUGGAGCUGCUUGGUACAAUGUGCCUGGUGGUAUGCAGGACUGGAACUAUCUUAACACUAACUGCUUUGAGGUGACUGUAGAGCUGGGCUGUGUGAAAUAUCCUCCAGCACAGGAGCUGCCACAAUACUGGGAGCACAACCGGAGAUCUCUGCUGCAGUUUAUUCACCAGGUCCACAGAGGAGUGAAGGGGAUGGUGACUGAUAGUAAGGAUGGCACUGGUAUACCCAAUGCCACCAUUACUGUAGAAGGUAUCGACCACCCCAUCACCACUAACAAAGCUGGAGAUUACUGGCGUCUGCUUGUACCUGGAACAUACCACCUAACUGCCUCGGCUCAAGGCUACAAGUCUGUUGUCACGUACGCCACCGUGCCUGAUGGUGUUGCAGAGGUCGUGGACUUUAAACUGACCCGGAUACAGCAUGUCAACAGCAGCCCCACCAGCCAUCGAGACUCCAGUGAAGAGGAGUUCCAGAGCUUCAUCAAGCAGCUGUCAGUGGGACCUGGUCUGGACCAGCUCAUCCAGAACACAGCCACCACCAGCAGCUUCCGCUAUCGUGGCUAUAAAGAGGUGUCCGAGUUCCUGCGCAGCCUCAACCUCAACUUCCCAAAUAUCACCUCUCUACGCAGUCUUGGUCAGAGUGUGGAGUUCAGAACCAUUUGGGCCCUGGAGAUCUACAACACUCCUGAGGUGCCAGCGCCAUCCGAGCCCAAGAUCCGAUUUGUGGCUGGCAUCCAUGGCAAUGCUCCAGUGGGCACAGAGCUGCUGCUGGAGUUUGCUGCUUACCUGUGUAUCAACUAUGGCAAAAAUGCUGCUAUUACAAGGUUAAUCAACAAGACAAGAAUUGUUAUCCUUCCUUCCAUUAACCCGGAUGGUCGUGAGCUUGCUAAAGAAAGAGAGUGCUCCUCCUCUGUGGGUAUGACCAAUGCAAAUGGCAAAGACCUCGACACUGAUUUCUUUGGUAAUGCAUCGCAGCGCUCCACAGAAGCUCAGCCUGAGACUCGUGCAGUGAUGGAUCUGAUACAGGAGAAGGGCUUUACUCUGUCAGUAGCACUGGAUGGAGGCUCUGUACUGGUUACCUACCCCUAUGACAAACCAGUUCAACCAGUUGAAAAUGAGAGCACCUUGAGGUAUUUGGCUACGGUGUAUGCCAACAACCAUCCCACAAUGCAUUUAGGAGACACUGGAUGCCCAAACAAUUCCCAGAUGGGAAACAUCCCGGAUGGAGUGUUGCGGGCAGCUGAGAAACACAGUCACAUGGGCAGCAUGAAGGACUUCAGUGUGGACUUUGGACACUGUCCUGAGAUUACGGUAUAUACCAGUUGUUGCCUAUUCCCCCAAGCUGAUCAACUGCCCACCCUUUGGACUGAGAAUAGGAAGUCAUUACUCAGCAUGCUGGUCGAGGUGCACAAAGGAGUUCGUGGAAUUGUAAAGGACAAGAGUGGCAAGCCCAUAGCGGGAGCAAUGAUUGUGCUGAAUGGUGGUGUGCGAAUGUUCACCAGUGAGGGAGGUUACUUCCAUGCUUUGCUGGCUCCAGGGUCACACAGCAUUGAAGCAGUAGCAGAGGGAUACCAACAGCAGAGGCAAAAGGUGAUUGUCUCAUCAUAUGAGGCAGCGAGCUUCAUUGUUAUUGAGUUUGACAUGGACAACCGCAUCUUCGGUUUACCGCGAGAGUUAGUGGUGGCAUCUGCAGCUGCAGCUAUGACAGCUCUGGCCAUCACUGCCUGCAUCAUCUGGUGCGUGUGCUCAGUCAAGUCCAACAGGCAGAAGGACGGCUUCCACCGCCUGCGCCAGCACCGGGACGAAUAUGAAGAUGAGAUCCGGCUCACGUCCAUGGGCUCCAAGAAGUCCCUGCUGAGCCACGAGUUCCAGGACGAGAGCGAAAGCGAUGAAGACACACUGUACGCCAACAAACUCUGAUAUUUAACUCUCUUGCUAUGCUCAUAUCCUACAUUGCCACCCUACUGAGAGAGACAGAAGAUCAAGUUUAAUCAGGUGUCUGUCCAAACCAGCAGGGGGUGCUCAGCUCACAGGCCCGUCUGCCCAGACUGCCAUGAAAUCUAUCCCAGGAUGCACUUUACUGGCCUAGUGAGAUCGGUUGACUGUUUCACAAGUUAAUGUAUGCAACCAUACAAUCUGCUCUCAACCAACAUGCUAUUUAUUUGAGGCUAAAUUAUACUUGUUUAUAGUGUGGAAAUAUUCUGCACGUCUCUUCCAGUCAGUACAUCUCUAACGCAGUUGCCCACAUGAAUCGAAACUCAGCAGGAUUACUAAACACAGUGCCUUGUUUGAUUAGCCUGAGCCAUUGCUGCCUGUUGGAUAUCACUAGGAUGUAUAGAUCAAUGUAAUGUGUGUAAGCUGAAAUAUCCUCUUGGAAGCUCUGUGUUUGGGUCAUAAUCAGGAGUAUAAUUAUUAUUUCUUUUUUUUUAAUUCACAUUGUCCCACACAGUAUGUGACAAAUUAUGUACAUAAACUGUCUUGGAGCAGAAUUGCUGCUUAUGAUUUCUAAUACUGAGAUCAAUUCUGGGUAAAUGUGUGCCUCAAAACCUCAAUGCUGAGAAUCUUUAGAAACCUUUAGAAUUUUUUUUAUAUAUAUAUAUUUCAGCAACUAUACUUUUAUAGUGUGUUUCUCCCUGGACAGUGCAGUUUGGUAACUAAUCUGUGACACUACAUCUUGUCAUGGUUUUUGUUUCCAAGUUAGCUGUACUGUAAUGAAAUACUUACCCCUCUUUCCAGACUCACUGGUGAAUCCAUGCUGACACGUGGUCAAACUGAAAUGUCACUCUAUUCAGAAAACCUGCAAAAUAUUCAGGUGCCAGUUACAGUUUACUCUUGGAUGUAUUUUAGUUUUAGUGUUUUUAUUUGGGUCAUGCACUCGCGGUAAUGACGUCUUGAAGCAUUGUAUUUAGUGCACCGUGUGAAAGAAAUGAAAAGUGAAUUUACUUCGUGUUUUUUAUUUUUUUUUUUUUCCCCCAUUUAUACCAGUCAACAUUUCUGACUUCUUUAAUGAACAACACGUUAACUAUUUAUUGUUCCAUUUAUUGCUGAACAUACAAACAUUCUUGUUAGCAUUUUAUUAUAGCAGUAUCCAUGUGUACUGUUGUGUGGAUUACUAACCACACUGUCCAGAGGGAAAACACUCAGUCAGUUAUCAGUUUGUUGAACAUUUUGUAUUGUAGCAUAAUAUACAGUGCUACGGAUAUUUGACUUGCCAAGUAAUUAUUUUCUUACGUAGAUCAUAGAAUGCGACGGAUCUUUGUAAAUUUGUGGACAUCGUUAAUAUAUUAAACCACAUCUGAACGGUUUAUCGAGCCACAGCCAAGUAGUGGGUUGAAAACAUUUUAGUUCUCAAAUAUUCCAGAUGUUUGAGAUCAAAUCAGGCUAUAAUCAUUUUCACAUUUCCUGUUCUGAUUGUUCUCACAGGAAUUCUGUUCCGAUCUGUUUUUUUUUUACUGGUGCUUCUGUAUAAAUUCAAUACUUUAAAUCAAUCAAAUGAUACAUUAUUCAAAUUUAGUAACAAUAAUCUACGGUUUUCUCCAAACCAAAUGGUCACUUGGACAUUUUUAUAUCUAAAAGUGACUUUGCUCUCUCACUUACUGCCAGUUAACAUCCAGUGACUUUGAAAUGCCCUUAAAAUCCCACAUUUUUACUGACUUUUGCAGAUUUGGAUAAAAACAAAGCACAGGCAAAAUAAUGGAUAUUAGCCAUGUAUGUCAGUGUUUAAUAGUUUAAGUAAUCAGGGAAACCUUUUUUCUUGAACUGUGUCUAUUCUUGUAAUUUACAUAAUAUACUAUAAGGAAAUGUCUAAGUGUGAACCUAAGAAGCAUGUAGACUGCUUUUAGUCAAAAUCAACACUUCUUUAUAUGCUCACUGUGGUAUUCUCUCUCUCUUGUGCUCUCUCUCUCUCUCUCUCUCUCUCUUUGAUAUCCAUAUUUCACAUCAAACAUGAGGUUCAUUUGUUUUCUUUAGUCCACUUAUAUAUAUUUUUUUCAUGAAUUGCAAAGUCUAAUUUGAUGGCUUGAUGCUGACCCUUGAGUGUAAAUGACUUGUGUGUUUGAACAAACAUGUAUAGCUUUUGGAUGUAUUGGUCGUGCAGUUGUAUAUUUUUCCAUUUUGAUACAAAAGUGAUUGUAGAUAAUUGAAGUCACUUGUGUGUAAAUGAAGAGCAACCUAACUGAGCAAUGACACAUGAUGGUUCAGUUUGAAUGACAGACAUAUCAAAUAAAAUGGAUUUAAAAGCCUGGAAUAAA